UCGAGUUUUAGCCUCGCAGGCCACCGUACCUGCCUGGGUAAGGUUGAAGCAGGAUAGGUAAGUGCUGUUGUUUUCUUGUUAAUUUUAAUUUUUGCCCUCUACAGCACCAUACAUUUUUAGAUUUAUUUGUCUACAAUCGGCCGACCAAUUUGUUUUACUACGGAAUCAUUUAGUUUUCUUUAAUAUCACCGGAUCGAGAGGGUUGGGAAAGUCCAAAGGGCAAUGUUGUCAGUGAUUGCCAGAUCAGCUCUCACGAAAUACAGGGGGCUCUGGCUACCCAGUCAGGCUGCAGUCAGAGCCAUGUCGUCUUCCAGUGGUUCUGGGUCUCCUUACACGACCUUGGCCGUCAGUCAUCCAGCAAAGUCCAUCACACAUGUAGAGCUAAACCGUCCCGAGAAACGAAACGCCAUGAACAAAGCUUUCUGGAGUGAGAUGGUGACAUGCUUUAACGAGAUAGCUGAAGACCCUGAAUGCAGAGUGGUGGUGGUUUCUGGAGCAGGGAAGACCUUCACAGCUGGUAUUGACCUGAUGGAUAUGGCCAGUGAUGUCCUCCAGCCGAAGGGUGAUGACGUGUCGAGAAUUUCCUGGAAUUUGAGGAAAAUAAUCGCCAGGUAUCAGGAGACGUUCUCCGUCAUAGAGCGGUGUCCAAAGCCUGUUGUGGUGGCCAUUCAUGGAGCCUGUGUUGGAGGAGGUGUCGACCUUAUCACAGCGUGUGAUAUUCGACUUUGCACCCAGGAUGCCUGGUUCCAGGUGAAGGAAGUUGAUAUUGGACUUGCAGCGGAUGUUGGAACACUCCAGAGACUUCCUAAAGUCAUCGGCAGCCGCAGCCUAGUGAAUGAGCUCGCUCUGACCGCCAGGAAGAUGUACGCUGAUGAAGCCAAGAGCAGUGGACUGGUCAGCCGAGUGUUUGCUGAUAAGGAGACGAUGAUGGCUGGAGCUCUGGAGAUGGCUGGAGAGAUCGCCAGCCGUAGUCCUGUCGCAGUGCAGGGAACCAAAGUCAACCUUAUCUACUCCAGAGACCACAGUGUAGCAGAGGGACUGGACUACAUGGCUUCUUGGAACAUGAGCAUGCUUCAGACUGAAGAUGUGAUGAAGUCCGCUCAGGCCUCCCUGGAGAAGAAGAGCCCCAAGGCGAUAGCUUUCUCCAAACUUUAAAAACCAGUGAAAAGUUCAGAUAAACUAAAAGAUGCCAUGUUAUUUUUUGUGGCCUUUUUAUGGGAAGGAGAGAACCUCUGAUUUUGUUUGCUUUUUAUAACACCAAACUAAAAAAAUCCAGUGAAGUGUAGGGAUUUCAUGAAGAUGUAUUCAGACUUUGACAGUACUGCUGGAAUCAUUAGAGCAGAUGGUUUGUUUUGGAAUUUGUCUCCAAAGAUCUGUACUAUUGAGGCGCAAAGCAUUUUUUAUAAAAUACUUCCAUCUCACUUAGGAAGUCCUUUUUUAUGAGCGCAAUCAUGACUUUUUUAAACCAACACCUAGGGUUGCAUGAUGUUGGACUUUUGCUGAUAUCCGAUAUGCUUAUCUACAAGCCUAUCUAUAUCUACAAGUUAACUUUAGCCAGUCCUGAUAUUUUGAUGUGGUGCAGACCUAAAACUUCAGUCUUUUAAACACAGAUUAAAGUUCAAGGGAUGAGAUGAUGGUGAAUAAUGAACUUUAGCUGAUGUAAAUCAGCCACUAACUUAUUUGCUCAUAUGAUCAACAUUUACAGCUGAUAUAGACACAUUUUUGCAGUCAAGUAUCGGUUGUGAAUAUCAUCGUAACUGCUUAUACAGAUAAGUCACUAACUAAGCCAAUAUCUGCUGAUAAUAUCCUCCAUCCCUACUAACACCUUCCCACAGUUUGAGCUGUGCCCUCUAAUAACCUAAGGAAAAAGCACAGUAUUUUGUUAAACACACUCGACAAAUGUUGCAUACUCAUCCAGCAACCCAUCUGCAGUGAAUAUGCAUUUCAAACUAAAGAAUAAGCUGUAAAAAUAUUAAGAGUCAGUGCUUUAUAUCUUUAAAUGACUUCAUGAAUGUUUGAUAUUGUUAAAUAAAUAAUGAUUUAAAUAACAGCU